AGCACCUUACUUCCGGUCGGAGACUGUUGCUUAGCGCACGUAAACAAAAAGGAGAACAGGUGCUUGUCCAUCUUUGUUUACAAUUAUCUUUCACUGAAGUGACAUACUAUGGCAAGUAUAUAGACAGAACUCUUGAAAUAUGCCAACGGGUCAUGUACUUCCCGGGUAUGGGCAGCCCGUGACUUAUCUCAGAAGAGCCAAGUCAGCCUAUCCAUUAGACAAGUCUAAGAUUAAAGAAUACGCAGCGCAAAAUGUCCCCGCCCCCGAGAGAAACGAACUACUUCGCAUAAAAAGUCAGGCCAGGGACCAAUGGUUGGGCUUAGAUAGAGCAGCAACUACUUACGAUUUCCAGUUUAAGUACAGAAAUCUAGAUCAACCAACUCAGUCGAGACCUACCUCUCCAACCAGAAAAAACAAACCCCAUCCACCGCUAGUCUUCCUAACUAAUCGCCUUCAUUAUGUGCCUGGAUAUCACAAUGCUGAUACAACUAUCAACAGACCAGUCUACCAAGUUGAUGCUAGUGUUCCAUAUGAAGAGCAAGCACAGAGAUGGGCAUUGAGGGAUAAAUAUAUUGGGAAACCCAGUGCAAAAGCCAUCAACCAAUAUACUGAUAAAUAUGGAUAUCGAGAGUAUUUUGACCCCGUAGAAGCACAAGCUGCAGAGGCAUGGACCAAACUAGCAGACGACAAAGAUCUCUACCAACUGCCAAACGUCUUCGAUGAACAGAAAGGGAAACACAUCACUGAACCCAACGUUGAGCAUGGGAUACCCUUGCAAGAACCACAGAGGCCCAAAACAGCAAUGGCUUCAACUUACCGAUGGAUGAAAUACGCAGGGGCUUCUGAAAACAUGGAACUACACCGAGCACUGGAAGCCAUUAGAAACAGAGGGCAAAUGCCAAACAUGAUGCGCUAUUCCAGAAACGGCAUUGGAUCCACGGAAAUGCGACGUCGUGACGACAUCGAGGCCGUGCAAAGAACGCGGUACGUUGCCAAGCCGUCACGUGGAGACUUCCUAAUGCAUCCCGAUUGGCCGUCCAGUAUACCCCACCAUCGAGUGGACUAAUGGAUCAGCUAAUGGUGGUGCGAGAUUGAAAUAAUGCCAAGUGUUUCAUCUGAAAGUCUAAAAAAAAAAAUUAUGCAUUUGUAUUUUCGAUAAUUUUACUCCCAAAAAUUUUUAACCAUUGACAAAAGUUUGCUUUUGAGUAAAAUUGGUUGAUAGAUGAAGAGUUCUAUACAUUGCCAAACGUUAGCAUCGAUUUUCGGUUGUUUUGUUUAGUUUUACUUGGAAACGCAGAAUAUAUUUAUGUUCUGAAGUUUGCUAAGAGCAAUGAUCUUACUAUUUUUCACCUGGUUGGAGUAUUUUGAUGUCUUGUAAGUCAAGACCGUCUAUAGGUUCUUGCACGCGUUUGUUUGGGUAAUUAGAAAAAUAUAGUGUAAAGAAUAUAGUUAUCCAAUAGAUUGUUUUUGCUAGGAUUUGGAUUUUCCCAACUCCCAUUUAAAAAACAACUAGAGCAAAUCAACAAAACCCAUCCUAAAAAUUGAAAACACCUAUUACGCUUGAUUACCAUUUAUGAAAAAUAAGUACAAGUAUACAGUGGCCGACAUCAGAUCUGUAACUGAGACCAACUUCAUUCUGAUUACGUACAGGUUACUUAACACAUACCGUGACAAGCACGAAAUGUGGCGUUGGUUUUCAUGGAGACCGUUAUACACUAUUCAUCGCCCGGCAUUGUUUACUAGUAUCUUCCGUUAUAUGUCAAUUUUAUGACAAGACCGUUUUUUAAAAAGAGCCUUAUUUUCUUUAGCUGCUUUAUUUAAUUAUACAAGUGCCUUAUAUAUUAGGUCGUGGGGAGACUUAGCCAUAAUACAUGUUGUUUUAGAGUCUUGUUUUUUUUAAUAUUUGAGUGGCCCCUUUGGGGUUUUUUUUUCAGUAUUACUGCAUUGACGUGAGGGGAAACUUUAACCCUUAUUCCAUCAUAAUGUAAAUAAAUGUUACUUAUUUGUUGUUUUUUUUUUUCUUUUGGUUAUCUGCUAAAACUGCUAGACAUAUAGCGUACUUGUCAUUUGUCGAGAAAAUCGAUAUGAUGUAAUGAAGAACUUCAAGUUCUAAGUGUUAAUGGUAUUGAUGACAUUAAUAAAAAUAUUAUUUAA